ACGUGGCUUUUCUCAUAUAUAAAUUCUCAUGCUGAUAAAUGUCAGUGUGUCAUAGACGUCACAGUAGCUGGCUGGUGGCAGUUUAAGUGAUAUUUAAAUACGGAGAUUGAAAAGUCGUACAGAGAUAAACACGAACAUCAAUCAUGAGUAUCGUUACUUGCAUUGCACCGGUCAAUAUUGCAGUUAUUAAAUAUUGGGGAAAGAGGGACGAAUCCUUAAUUUUACCAACUAAUGAUUCUAUAAGUGCGACUUUAGAUACAGAUCAGCUGCAUGCAAAAACUACUGUUAUGAUCAGUCCUAAUUUCAAAGAAGAUUGUAUCUGGCUGAAUGGAAAGGAAGAAGAUAUAAAAAAUAUAAGGCUUCAAAAUUGUUUAAAAGAGAUUAGGAAACGUUCGCAAUUAUCUGAUUGUACAAACAAUUGGAAGAUUCAUAUAUGUUCUAAAAAUAAUUUUCCAACUGCUGCUGGUUUAGCUUCCAGUGCUGCAGGAUAUGCAUGCCUUACAGCAGCAUUAGCCAAGCUUUAUAAAAUAGAAGGAGAAGACAUUAGUAUUAUAGCGCGUUCUGGUUCUGGAUCAGCAUGCCGUAGUGUUAUGGGUGGUUUUGUAAGAUGGUACAUGGGUUCAAACAAGGAUGGAACAGACAGUUUAGCAAAGCAAAUCGUGCCUGCAUCUCAUUGGCCUGAAAUGAGGAUUUUAGUGCUGGUGGUUAGCGAUGAACAAAAAAAGGUUCCAAGUGCAAUAGGUAUGAAACGAAGCAUAGAAACGUCUACACUCCUGCAGUAUAGAAUAAUGCGUGUAGUCCCAGAAAGAGCUAAUAAAAUGCAACAAGCGAUCAUUGAGAAGGAUUUCAAAAGUUUCGCCGAGCUCACUAUGAAAGAUUCUAAUCAGUUUCAUGCUGUAUGUCUAGAUACAUACCCCCCAUGUAUUUAUAUGAAUAAUAUUUCCAACAGUAUCAUGAAUCUUAUACAUUCCUAUAAUGAUGCAGUUAACGACGUGAAGGUCGCUUAUACGUACGACGCUGGGCCGAAUGCUACAUUAUAUUUAUUAGAAAAAGAUGUACCAGCAGUUAUAGGUAUUCUGGAUCACUUCUUUCCUCCGUCUGAAAAUAUCGCGAUCGAAUAUAGAAGAGGAUUACCUGUAGAAGGAAUUAAACCUUCGCAAGAUCUCUUGGAGAAACUAAAGUUUCAAAAGUAUCCAUCAGGACAACUUAAAUAUAUGAUAUGUACUAAAGUAGGAGAUGGACCUAAAUAUCUCAAUAAUCCACAGGAUCAUUUAUUAAACAAUCAGGUUAAGGCGUACACAAAACAUGAAAUGACUAGUAUGUUUCCAAUUGAACCAACAAGUGAUGAAGCAAUAAUUAAUACAUAUGGAAUAAUAUUCCAAGUGUUUAAUUGCACAUAGAUCGUCUUGAUACACCAUUAUCCUAACUGUAUUUCGAUUCAAAGUGUGUGACUGUGAGAUACAGAGUAAAAAAGUAUAAUAUAGACGAUCAUGUCGUG